ACACAAGACUAUCGGCCUAUCCGUAUCAGCCGAGGGAGGUAUGCACACCGUUUUGCUUGCUGCGCACACAUGUUCUUGUUUUCGAUCGGCCGAUUUGCGAUCAUCUGUUGAGUGGCAAAAAUGGAAAACGUAAACAUUACGAUAAAUAUGGAAGAAUUAAUUUCUGUAGUAGAGAGUUGUUCGGCGAUGUAUAAUAAAAAAUUAAAAAUAUACAGUGACUGUCUGGUAAUAGAUAAAUUGUGGACAGAAGUUUGCGAAAGUUUGACACCAGUCUGGAGCGAACUAGCCACCAGCGAACAAUUGCAAACUGUGCAGUAUCGAUGGCGAACAUGUCGUGGCUUCUCUGCACGACUCCUUGUUCUCCUGUGGCUGAGCUCACGGAGGACGGCCCGGUCUCCUCGUCGCCGGCGGCCGGCACAUGCAAAUCCGCUGGGGUGCUCCACGCUACUCAAACUAGGCGACGUGGCGGCGGCGGCGGCGGCGCUGCUGGCGCUGGGGGCGGUGCUCAGCCUGUGUGCGCCGGCGUGCGAUGCGGCCAACAUCCUGGCCGUGUUCCCCGUGCCCGGCAAGAGCCACUGGAUCGUGUUCCGCGAGCUGCUGCUCGAGCUGUCGCGCCGCGGCCACAACCUCACCGUAAUCUCGCAUUUCGAGCUGGACGAGCCGCCGCCGCCCAACUGGGAGCAGAUAGUUGUCGGGGCCUACCACGAGGAGUUGCCCUCUGGUCCAAACUUAUUUGACCUCGGAACGUCGGGAGCAAUGCAGGAGGUGAAGUUCCUGAUGGCGCACGGGAGGGGCUGGUGCAGGAGGGCCCUGGAGGAGGAGGACAUGCGGGAGCUGGUGGCGUCGCAGGACCGCAGGUACGACCUGCUGCUGAUCGAGGUGUUCUUCAACGACUGCCUGUUCGCGCUGGCGCACAAGUUUCGGGUGCCGACGGUGGGGGCGUGUGCCCUCGGCGGCGGCGCCAGCUGGAUGGGCGACGCGGUGGGCAACCCUUACCCGCACAGCUACCUGCCGGAGCCCUUCCUCAAGUUCACCAGCCGCAUGAGCCUGCCCGAGCGCCUCUACAACGCCUUCUUCGGCACGUACUUCAGACUGGUGCGCGAGUUCAGCUACCUGCCGCAGCUGGACGCCAUCGUCCGGGAGCGCUUCGGCGACAACAGCAUGCCGCCCUUGUCACACAUCCAGCGCAACAUGUCUCUGCUGCUGGUCAACAGCCACGUCAGCUUCUACUACCCGCGCCCUCUCGUCCCCAACUUGAUAGAAGUCGGCGGGAUGCACAUCAAGCCGCCGAAAAAGCUCCCGGAUGACCUGCGAACGUUCAUGGACGAAGCGACGGACGGCGUCAUCUUCUUCAGCAUGGGGACCAACAUCAGGAGUGAAGAUAUUCCGGAGAAGCAGAAGGAAGCCAUUCUCAGAGUGUUCUCAAAACUGAAGCAGAAGAUUCUGUGGAAAGUUGGUACGGAGCGACUGCUCAACCAGCCGGCGAACGUGAGACUAGGGAAGUGGCUGCCCCAGUAUGACGUGUUGAAACAUGAGAACACGAGACUCUUCAUAACUCACGGAGGCCUGAUGAGCAUACAGGAGGCCAUUUCAGCGGGAGUGCCGCUGCUGGGAAUCCCAGUGUUCGGAGACCAGCAGGUGAACCUGGGCAGAGUGGAGAGCGACGGCUUCGGCAUCAUGCUCACCAUGGACAACAUCACCGAGACCUCAUUCGGCUGGGCGUUGUCCGAACUACUGACGAACCCAAGGUACCAAGAGAUGGCCAAGAAGAAAUCUGUGGUGUUUCACGACCGCCCCCAGAAGCCGCUGGACACGGCCGUGUACUGGGUGGAGUACGUGCUGAGGCAUGGCGGCGCAAAGCACAUGCGGUCCGCCUCCCUCGACCUGUCGUGGUACCAGUACCUGCUGCUGGAUGUCGCUGCGGUCGUGCUGGCGGCGUUGUUUCUUGUUCUGUACGCUGUGGCUCUCAUCACGAUAGCUGUCUUGAGAAGAAUCACUAAAAACGGAUCGGUGGCCCAAACAAAGAAGAAGAAGCGCACGAAGGAGGACUGAGUUAACGUUGUGAUGGAUUGACCAUUCAGCCAUGGGGAGUAGUUUUCCCCGAAUCAGAGACUGCGGAAAUGGGCACCAGGACGUAAGAUCAAAGACUGAACACUGUACUUGCAUUCACUUGUGUGAAGGUAGAUGUGUGGACGCCGAGCAGUGUGCAGUGAACAACAGGCUCAGUGUUGUCAGUAUCACCUUUUGACUAUUCUGGAGUGAAGAAUAGCUCGAUUUGGAUGUUUAUUUUAUGUGUAAUGCGGACUGUGGCACUGUAUAUUGCCAAGGAAGGACACUCUUCUGUAUUGUAGUCCUGCAGUUUUUUAUUGCUGCUACUGUCUUGUACAAAAACUAACAAAAAGUACCUUUGCUAUCAGCUUGUUGUGAGAGCAAAGUAAUUUUGUAAAAGCUGCACUGUUACAGCAAAAGAUGUUUAAUUUUUUUAUUUGUAGAUUUUUUUCAGUUCACAGUUGUCAAACAUGCCUGGUCAACAUGACAUAAUAGCUAUUUCUAAUGUACCUGUCUCUCUGAAACUGUGAUAAUGUUGGUAAUAAGUCUUGUAUAUCUAUGCUUACAACAACUUUUUAUAUGAACCAAACAAUUUUGUCAUUGUUAUCCAUUUACUCCUCCAUGCAGUAUUAAUAAAAGGAAAGAAAUCUUA